GGCCGGGGGCGGGCCGGGCCCGCGGGCCGAGCGCCGCUCUUCUUCUCCAGCGUCCCGCGCCCGCGCGCGGUGUCCGGGUGGCGGCGCGGGGCGGGGCGAGGGCGGCGUCCGCAGGUAGCCCCGGGGGCGGGGAGGCCGACCGGGACCCCCAGCCCAAAAAGCCCAGGGGGAGGAGCGGCGCGGCGGCGGUGCGCGAGGGCGGCCAAGUUGGGCUCCGGCGCGCGCGGCUUCGCGUCCUGCGUCCGGGAGGAGGAGGAGGGGGACGGUCCCCUCCGCAGCUGGGCUCGACCCCUGGCCCUCGGAGCCGCCGAAGACCUCAGGGGGUGACUUCGUAGCCCCCUCUCCUGGACGCGGCGCGUCCGGGGCGCAGCGGAACCGGGCAGCGAGCCGCGCCAUGCUGGAGGGCGACAUCGACCUCGAGGGGCUGUCCCCCCCGGAAGCCCCCGCAGCCCAGGCCGCCGCGGCCGUGGAUGCGGAGGGCGCGCCGCCCGGCCGGCCCGGCGCCCAGGCGGCCGCGAUGAGGGUCAACGACAAGUACUCGACGCUCCCGGCCGAGGACCGCAGCGUCCACAUCAUCAACAUCUGCGCCAUCGAGGACAUCGGCUACCUGCCGUCCGAGGGCACGUUGCUGAACUCGCUGUCCGUGGACCCCGACGCCGAGUGCAAGCACGGCCUCUACUUCCGGGAUGGCAGGCGCAAGGUGGACUACAUCCUGGUGUACCAUCCCAAGAGGCCCUCGGGCAGCAGGACCCUGGCCCGGAGAGUGCAGCACAGCGAUGCUGCCCUGGCUGCCCGCGGUGCCAGGCAGGACCAGCUCCUGCCGGGCAAGGGGAGCGUGGGGGCGGCAGGUGGCCCCGAGCCCCUGAUGGACUACCACGAGGACGACAAGCGAUUCCGCAGGGAGGAGUACGAGGGGAACCUCCUGGAGUCCGGCCUGGAGCUGGAGCGAGACGAGGACACCAAGAUUCACGGGGUUGGAUUUGUAAAGAUCCACGCACCCUGGAAUGUGCUGUGCAGAGAGGCCGAGUUCCUGAAACUGAAGAUGCCCACGAAGAAGCUCUAUCACAUUAACGAGACCCGUGGCCUCCUGAAGAAGAUCAACUCUGUGCUCCAGAAAAUCACAGACCCCAUCCAGCCCAAGGUGGCAGAGCACAGACCCCAGACCACAAAGAGACUCUCCUACCCCUUCUCCCGGGAGAAGCAGCACCUAUUUGACCUGUCUGACAAGGAUUCCUUUUUCGACAGCAAAACCCGAAGCACAAUAGUCUAUGAGAUCCUGAAAAGAACAACGUGUACCAAGGCCAAGUACAGCAUGGGGCAAGGAGAGGGAAGAAAGAAGGACUCUGCCCUUUUAAAUAAAAGGCGAAAAUGUAGUAAAUACGGUAUCACGAGCCUACUGGCCAAUGGCGUUUACUCGGCCGCCUACCCCCUGCACGAUGGAGACUACGAAGGUGAAAACGUGGAUUUCAAUGACAGAAAACUCCUGUACCAAGAGUGGGCGAGCUAUGGGGUCUUCUAUAAGUACCAGCCCAUCGACCUGGUCAGGAAGUACUUUGGGGAGAAGAUUGGCCUGUACUUCGCCUGGCUGGGUGUGUACACCCAGAUGCUCAUCCCCGCGUCCAUGGUCGGCAUCAUCGUCUUCCUGUACGGAUGUGCCACCGUCGAUGAGAACAUCCCCAGCAUGGAGAUGUGUGACCAGAGACACAACAUCACCAUGUGCCCGCUGUGCGACAAGACCUGCAGCUACUGGAAGAUGAGCUCGGCGUGCGCCACGGCCCGGGCCAGCCACCUCUUCGACAACCCCGCCACCGUCUUCUUCUCGGUCUUCAUGGCCCUCUGGGCUGCCACCUUCAUGGAGCACUGGAAGCGGAAACAGAUGCGGCUCAGGUACCACUGGGACCUCACGGGCUUCGAGGAGGAGGAGGAGGCUGUCAAGGACCAUCCCAGAGCCGAAUAUGAAGCCAGAGUUUUGGAAAAGUCGCUUAGGAAAGAAUCCAAAAACAAAGAGAAGCGCCGGCAUAUUCCAGAGGAGUCAACAAACAAAUGGAGGCAGAGGGUUAAGACCGCCAUGGCGGGGGUGAAAUUGACAGACAAGGUGAAGCUGACCUGGAGAGACCGGUUCCCAGCCUACUUCACCAACUUGGUCUCCAUUGUCUUCAUGAUUGCAGUGACCUUCGCCAUCGUCCUGGGAGUCAUCAUCUAUAGGAUCUCCACAGCCGCUGCCUUGGCCAUGAACUCCUCCCCAUCCGUGCGGUCCAACAUCCGGGUCACGGUCACAGCCACCGCAGUCAUCAUCAACCUGGUGGUCAUCAUCCUGCUGGACGAGGUCUACGGCUGCAUAGCCCGCUGGCUCACCAAGAUUGAGGUUCCAAAGACGGAGAAGAGCUUCGAGGAGAGGCUGAUCUUCAAGGCUUUCCUGCUGAAGUUUGUGAAUUCCUACACCCCCAUCUUUUACGUGGCUUUCUUCAAAGGGAGGUUCGUCGGACGCCCGGGCGACUACGUGUACAUUUUCCGUUCUUUCCGGAUGGAAGAGUGUGCCCCGGGGGGCUGCCUGAUGGAGCUCUGUAUCCAGCUCAGCAUCAUCAUGCUGGGCAAGCAGCUCAUCCAGAACAACCUGUUUGAGAUCGGCAUCCCGAAAAUGAAGAAGUUCAUCCGCUAUCUGAGGCUGAGGCGCCAGAGUCCCUCUGACCACGAUGAGUUCGUGAAGAGAAAGCAGCGCUAUGAGGUGGACUACACGCUGGAGCCCUUCGCGGGCCUCACCCCAGAGUACAUGGAGAUGAUCAUCCAGUUUGGUUUUGUCACCUUGUUCGUCGCGUCCUUCCCCCUGGCCCCGCUCUUCGCUCUGCUGAAUAACAUCAUCGAGAUCCGCCUGGAUGCCAAAAAGUUUGUCACCGAGCUCCGAAGGCCGGUGGCUGUCAGAGCCAAAGACAUCGGAAUCUGGUACAAUAUUCUCAGAGGCGUCGGGAAGCUGGCCGUCAUCAUCAACGCGUUCGUCAUCUCCUUCACAUCCGACUUCAUCCCUCGCCUGGUGUACCUCUACAUGUACAGCGAGAGCGGGACCAUGCACGGCUUCGUCAACCACACCCUGUCCUCCUUCAACGUCAGCGACUUCCAGAACGGCACCGCCCCCAACGACCCCCUGGACCUGGGCUACGAGGUGCAGAUCUGCAGGUACAAAGACUACCGGGAGCCCCCGUGGUCGGAGCACAAGUACGACAUCUCCAAGGACUUCUGGGCCGUGCUGGCAGCCCGGCUGGCUUUCGUCAUUGUCUUCCAGAACCUGGUCAUGUUCAUGAGCGACUUUGUGGACUGGGUCAUCCCAGACAUCCCCAAGGACAUUAGCCAGCAGGUGCACAAGGAGAAGGUGUUGAUGGUGGAGCUGUUCAUGAGGGAGGAGCAGGGCAAGCAGCAGCUGCUGGACACGUGGAUGGAGAAGGACCGGAAGAAGGACGAGCCAUGCAACAACCACGGCCCCAAAGCCUGCCUGGACAGCCCCGAGUACCCCGGGGGCGCCCUGUAGCUGCCCCGGCCUCCCGGCCGACGGGCACCCUCCCCCAGCCAGGCCCAGUGGCUCCGGUGUUCGUCGCAAACCUGGAAGACCACCUUCUGAUAGGACAACAUUCUUCUGUCUUUUUUCUGUUUUUUCUCCUUGUCUUUGCACAAAACCAUAUGCAGGGAAUUUUUUUAUCUUUAGUAUUCAAGGUUAAUCAAAAUGAUCGCUGGGGAUAGGGUGAGAACACGCGCGAAUGCGGGCGCUUUGCAGAAACAAUUCUUGGGAACCGCGGAUCUCCUUUGCAGUGGAAGGUGAACAGAGGCCUCCAGAAAGCGUCUUUUCAAAUCCGCUUGAUAGCCUUUAGAGAGAUUCAAGAUGGUGUUGCAAAGCCUUGGAUAAACAUCGUGCAGUCUUAGAGGGAGAACAGAAAAACGAGGCUGACACCAGUUCCAGAAGGCUCACCUGCCACCAGGUCGGAAAAGUCAGCCGGCUUUUCAUCUUUUGUUUUCUGUUCAGAAACCAAGAGACAUUCUGGCCAGAAGGAGUGGUGCCCUGGCCCUGUCCAUGCAGACGGCCUGUGAGCUUGGAAUUUACUCUUGGAGAAUCUUGGGGCAGCAGGUGUCCCUCAGGACAGCGGGUGACCUGCACCGUCGGGAUCCCCACCGUCAGCUGCACACCUGCCCCUCCACCAUGAGCUGGCCUCAGAACUGUCCAUCUUCUUAGUGGAACAGAAAAAAAAAAAAAAGAUGUAGAAGAAGAAAGAAAACCAAGUGGACAGAAAAUGAGCAGAGAGAGAGGACCCCAGAGGCAUUUCUGAAGAUGGCUUCAGGUUCCAUGAAAUCUUAAGGCAUUGGGAGAACAUUCACAGCUUUAGAAUAUUUAUUGGGUUUUUAAAAUAAUCAAUUCUAGGGUGGAUUUGAGGGUUUUUCUCUGUCACUCCAAGGUGGAAGGAGUUUAUUUUAUUAGUUAACCAAAUAUCAUCGCGAGGAAUUUAAAACACUGUUACUACCAAAGAUUUUUAUUAAUAAAGCCUUCUAUUUUGGUAAUACUUCUCUAUAUUUUUACUUACAGGAAUGUGACUGUGGGACAGUUACCAUUUUAAAGCUUGUAAAAACGAGUCUCACAGGUGGCAGGAGUGAUCUAAAUUUGCAGCCAUUAUACUAACCAAUUAUCUGAAAUUUCUCAAGCACCAAGAGAAACCUAAAAAAUGUCUCAUCGAAGGCAGAGAAGAGAAAUGGGUUUGCCGUGAACAUGUGGUCGGCGUGAGGUCAUCCCCUUCAGCUGCCAGCCCUGACCCUGACCGCCGUCCGUAGGCGUUUGCGGCAGUCAUGGGGUCUGACGCUUCUAGUUUCUCUUGUACAGUAAGUAGUUGGAAAUGGGGUUUUUGUAUAUAAAUAUUGUAUUAAAAAUUAGGUGAUGACCAAAAAUCCUUUUAUGGAGACCAAUUUUUUUUUUUUAAAAAAAGUGAAUGUACACAAAUUCACAGAGGACUGUGGCUGAACCUUCAUGCAGCUAAAUAAAUUUGGAUACACAA